AUGUCCCUCUCAGGGAACAGGGUGCCCCUCAGGUCAGCCGGUGAUAACACCCAAGUCACACAAGGCCGCAUCCUGGACGCUUGCCAACAGUCCCGUCAUGUCGUGUCUUUCAACCCUCCAGAAAAUGGCCUUCCAGCCUGGGACAAGCCGAAGCCUUGUCCAGACGGCGAGCCGGAGUGGAAGCUCGUGGGAAUGUCUGAAGGCUGCCUGCAUCGGAAGAGCCACCCAGAGCGGCGCGGGCCCCUGAAACAUGAGCAGUCACCCCUCAUCCAGGCCACCUGGACGAGCUCCAUAUUCCAUCUGGACCACGACGACGUGAGCGAUCAGAGCGUGCCCAGCACCCAGACCUUCCAGACGGAGGAGAAGAAAUGCAAAGGUAACCAGAUGUUUGUGAGACCCGGGAUGGCCACAGUAGUGACUCAGUGCUCGGCGCCCCCCGAGCCCAGGGCAGAGCCUCUGGGCUUUGAGAGCCCCAAAGAAGCAGAAACUCCAAGCCAAGAGCAUUACCUGAUAGUGGCAUCAUAG